CGGGGGGGCCAUGUGAGGCAGGACGGCGCCAUGUCGGGGUGCGUGUGGGGCGCGGCGCCGCUGCUGGAGGCGCUGGGCCGACUGUGGGAGGUGCAGGCGCCGCUGGGCAGCGGCUCCUCGGCCUCCGUCUACCGGGUGCGCUGCUGCGGGGACCCGCGGGCCCCCCCCGGCGCCGUCAAGGAGUUCGUGCCGCCCCCGCCGCGGCCCGGCCCCGCGCGCCGCCCCGGCGCCCGCCCGCCCGCCGCCGACUGCGCCGAGUACGGCUUCCGCAAGGAGCGCGCCGCGCUCGAGCACCUCCGCGGGCACCGCAACAUCGUGACGCUGUACGGCGUGUUCACCAACCACUACUCUGCGAAUGGCCCGUCUCGCUGUCUCCUGCUGGAGCUGCUGGACAUCAGCGUGUCCGAGCUGCUGCUGCACUCCAGCAACCAGGGCUGCUCCAUGUGGAUGAUCCAGCACUGCGCCCGAGACGUUCUCGAAGCCCUGGCUUUCCUGCACCACAAAGGCUAUGUGCACGCAGACCUCAAGCCACGCAACAUCCUGUGGAGCGCAGAGGAGGAGUGCUUUAAGCUCAUUGACUUUGGACUUAGCUUCAAAGAGGGGAAUCAGGAUGUGAAAUAUAUUCAAACAGACGGGUAUCGGGCUCCAGAGGCAGAACUGCAGAACUGCCUGGCACAGGCAGGGCUCCAGAGUGAGACGGAGUGUACUUCUGCUGUGGAUCUGUGGAGUCUGGGAAUUGUUUUACUGGAAAUGUUCUCAGGAAUGAAACUGAAACAUACAGUCCAAUCUCAGGAAUGGAAGACAAACAGUUCUGCCAUCAUUGAUCGCAUAUUUGCCAGUGAAGGGGUGGUUAAUUCAGCCAUUCCAGCUUAUCACCUUAGAGACCUUAUCAAAAGCAUGCUUCAUUGUGACCAAGGAAAGCGAGCCUCCGCUGAGAAGGCUUUAUGCAGCCCAUUCUUCAGCAUUCCCUUUGCUCCCCAUAUCGAAGAUUUGGUGAUGCUCCCCACGCCUGUGCUGAGGCUGCUAAAUGUUCUAAGCGAUGCUUCUCUGCAGUGCGAAGAAGAAUAUGAAGAUAUCCUGGAAGACAUAAGGGAGGAGUGUCAGAAAUAUGGACCGGUGGUUUCCUUGCUUAUUCCAAAGGAGAAUCCUGGUAAAGGCCAAGUCUUUGUUGAAUAUGCAAAUGCUGGUGAUUCCAAAGCUGCCCAAAAAAUGCUGACUGGAAAGAUUUUUGAUGGCAAGUUUGUUGUGGCUACGUUUUACCCACUGAGUGCCUAUAAGAGAGGAUAUCUGUACCAAAACUUGCUGUAGGCAGUAGCAACAAUCAGGAGAGUUGUCUUGCUCCUCUUCCUCACGUGUUUUACAGUUGAAUGUACAAAAGAGCUUCCUAGCCCUGCUUUUGAGUCAUCUGUGAAGAAGAGAUGCAAAGGACUUAACUGGGCUUUGAAACCUUUACUGCUGCUUUGUGAUGUGCAGAGGAGGCCGGGAUGGCUUUCAGCGUGUGCUUGUGUGUGUGUUGUGCUUGCUCGUUUACAUUGGGUGUGUGGCUUUGCCCCGGCGGGCGCUCGGGUGGCAGGAGCGGUGACUGUGGGAGCCUGGGAGGCCGAGCAGAUCUUGGCAAGCGCUUUUACGUGAUUUGAAGUGAGACCAUUUAAAGUCUUGGCCUUAGCACUUGACUUUGCUCUAGGGAGAGGAUUUCUUUGUUAAGCUUUCCUAUAACACAUGUGCUCUUCUCCAGUGUGGGGGAGGAGGAGGAAGGCUUCCCUGCUUUUUGUUGCUAUCUAUAAUAAAGAAGCAGAAGCACCAUCCUCUCUAAACCAGACCAGGAGGACUUUGAGUCUUCACAUCACGUAGAGCAGAGGGAGGCAGUGAAAUCAGAUCUGCUGAGCCUACGGCGUUACCCUGUUGCCGCCUCGUGACCCGAGAAGAGCCAUCCGUCUGACCUGGCACAGAUGGCAUGCUGGGCUUAGGCAGCGAGGUGUGGGUGACGCUGCCUGCGGUGAGCUGAACUUGCCUGUAUGCCUGGGGUGGGCAGGGACUGAUGGUGGAUACGUGUCAUCAGAGCAGUGCCAGCCUCAGUCCCGACACAACCUGUAAGCACUUUGUAGCCUGAGGUGAUGUGAAAACGCUGUCGUGUGGAGUCAUCUUUCUGGCAUAUGCCCUGUGCUGGCACUGAUGCUCCCUAGCUCUGAUGCCAAAUCAUCUGUAAGCAUCUUUAGGUGAUAUUAUUGGAAAGGAAUGCUACAGCACUCAGUAUUCUUUGUGUCUCAGCAGGACUCCUGCCCUGCAAGUCUUAGAAGAAAGAACAAAUAUUUGUCUGUCGUAGGUCCCACGCUUGGCUUUUCUGUGUUGUGCGUUUUGGUUUUGCAUUAACCCAUUAGACUUGUAGAUUAGAAGCACUGACACUUUUGGUCCUUCAUAGGUUACACAAAGGGCCUGAGGCAAUCUGAGAUCCUGUACGGAAAGGGCUCGGUCAGUCAUCAGACUUGACUGGCUAGGAGAAGGUCUUUCCCAGUGUCAGGGACAACAGCCACAUGCUUUUGGAGGAAAAAAAAACUGGGCAAGCAGCAUCACUGCUCCCCUCAGCAUGCUCUCUGGUCACGUGGCUUCAAUGCACAGGCAGAAGCUCGCUCGCGCCGCUGCCAGCGUGGGGUAGGUGGUGGCUGUUUCCCAGGGGGGUGCAAACCCAUACACCCAGCGGAGCCUCUCCCUGCAGGGGUGGCCACUUUGCUCCUGGCAAGCGCAGCAUGAAACAGCCCUACUUAGAGGGGGACCAGCCUGUUCUGGCUUGUGGCCUAGUACCAGUUUUAGUGAGGAGGAGAGCCCUUGUGGAUUCUUUUCUCCAGCUGAAAUACUUGCAGGCAGCUGCCUGAACCAUCUCUGACCUUCCCUGGAAUAAUACCUGAAUUACCUUGCAGUUUACUUUUUGCAUCUUGCUGAUGCUGGACUUGCUGGAAUCCUGCACUUAAAAGUUCCUCUUGAUUUUUGCCCUGUGCGCGCAUGUGCGGUGUGUCAGGAUCCAAUGUCUGUCGCGUUUCACGAGUCUGAGUUCCUCUCUGUACUGGUGUAGAGUCCUGUCUACUGUGGCCCUUCCCAAACUCCCCCAGAAAGGACCAAUCUCUGAAUUUUUCUGUUGCCUUUGAGGUGGUAGGUUUUCCAGGAAAAAAAAAAAAUCCCGCAAUGAGUUUUAAGGUGUGAUUUGCUGAUCAGACUUUUUCUGGGAAUGAUGCUACUUUGGUGUACAUAGCUGUAAAGCAGCUUUGCAUAGAUGAGGUGUGUGAUUCAUUGCUUUUAAUUUAACUGUCCUUGCAGUGAAGCACCUUUAGUGUCUGGGAGGAAUUGGAUGAUUAACUGGGUGAGGGUUUUUCCUAUGUGAAGAGCAGAGUGUAAAGUACUCUAAGUAUUGGUAGGUAUUGACUGACCUCCUUGGCUCUGAGUUGUUGCUGUCCCUGGCGGGCUGAGCCAGGGGUGAAAGCACUUUGGCCCAGAAAUUCACGUGUUGAAUGCCAUCACGUCAGCAGCAUUAAGCUGGCUGCAUGUGUGCCUGUCAGCUGGCAGAAGCAGACCCAAGAGCUCCUGCCCUGCUGAGUGACAGCCUGUGUGGGGACAUGGGGAGCUCCCCUGGGUGCAGGGUGUGAGGUCUGUCACCUACAACAGUACCGGGACAGGGAGAUGCCAGGGUGCAGGUGCAGAACUUAAAUGCAUUUAAGUUCUCACAUGCAUUUGUCUAGGACUGUGAGCUGCUCUGUCAUCUUCCAAGCAUAUCUCUUUUUCAGUCAGAAUUAUGCUUUGGGUUUGCAACUAAAGAUAAAGAGCUGUGCCAGGAUGAAUCUGUAGAGAGGAGCUACAACCUGUUCUUGCAGCAUGGUAGAGCUGUUCCACCAGAGUUUGGCUGGGUUUUUGUUCAGCUGCUUUAAUAGGAGCUAAAUAAAUCUUCCAAGAUGCAAACUCCCGCUACCAGAUUUUCUCUCCAGAUGCUCAUUGACCAGGCUUGAGCACUGAGCUGGGCAAAAACCCCAAAGCUGCUUUUUUUUAUUUUCCUCCUGGCAAGAGUUGAAGAUGCUGAUCUCUGUCCUGUCACUGGAUCCAGCCCCUGGCUUCCCUCUGCAGGCUGUGGGGUACAGGGAGGUUUAGAAGCUCCUCGGAGCAGAAGCAUUUUAUCAUUAUCCCUCACCCUCUGCCUUCAAAGCCUUUUUCUGUCAAGCUGAAGCUCACUCUGGUGUCUCAGCGAUCUAUUGGUGGCUUGGCGUAAGUUUCAGCCCUGCUAAAACCUGUGAGUUUCUUAGCUCUAGAUUGUAUCUGAAGUGUGCACGGUGAUUCAAUCCGAGGCAUCUUGUCAUGGUGUGUGCCUGGAUGGGCCUGGCUUUCCUUAUCUCCAGAUUACUGCCUGCUUGAGCUGCAGAAGUGUUGAGGCUUUCCACUCAGAUGCUCACUGGGUUUCUUGGUCUGUGCUGUGCUCCCUCCCAAUAGCCCUCAGCAUAGCACCGACCUAUGUAGUCCUAGCUAGGCGACAUCUAGAUGUGAAAACCCGCAGGCUGCCUUUGAGGGAGAGAUCUGCUUUGGGGAGGAAAGGGAUGAAAGAUGAAGCCUCUGGAGACAGCCAGGAAAGGUUGGCGCUGCUCUGGUGGGAUGCCAGGGCACGCACCCGGCCCUCCUCCCCGGGAGGAGGCAGUCCAAGGGGCUGCAUCCCCUUGGAGCGUGUGUGUGAACGGGAAACAUGUUGGUGCUCUGCUAUUCCUUGGUGAUGUUUGGGUUUCAUAGCUGAUCUGACACGAAAUGUCACUGCCAAUCGAAGAGUAGCUGUCCUUCCUCUGCCACCAAUGUCUCUGUGGGAGCAACGAGGGAGAGAGAAAGUUCUUUGCACUUCCACCUAUUUAUUAUAUGCAAGGACAGUAACUGGUUUUUAAAUCGCUGGCCGAAGCACAAGUCGGCUCCGAUCUUAGUUGUAUUCCUAAUUUUAUUCUCACUGGUCUCCAGCCUCCUAACACCAUAGCCUGAGCACCGUGUUGCACCCGAGUUGUCUUUCCAGAGCGUUCAGUACACUUCCUCCCGCUGUGCCGGAUCCUGUAACCACGUGCCUCCCUUCGGGUUAGAUGUCAACCGUUGUAUCCCGUCACGCACCGUUGCUGAGCAGAUGUGUGCUUGAUACAGAUGAUUAAUAAAUGAUGCUUCAGUACGAA